GUGAAACCAAAACCAAUAAGCUUUCCCGAUGCAGCUAGAAGCAGACGCGGAACGUUCGCGCUCCAACCACCCAAGGGCAAGCCAUCUGCCCUCAGCCAAACCGCGCACAGCACCGCCAGCCCAGAACCUCAACCGCAUGCCCUGCCCUUCUCCCGCCAACAUCACGAUCCCUCACGUGCAACCGGCACCUACCAGACGCUCUACGCUUACGCUUGAGUGCGGAAUGAGCUGCGGCCCCAGCGAAGAUGAAGGCUGCUCCGCUUCUGGUGUCCUGGCACAACGAGAACGCCCCCAUCUACUCGGCUCACUUUGAGCCACACGGCAAGGGACGUCUGGCAACAGCGGGCGGUGACAAUAACGUGCGGCUCUGGAACGUCGAGGCGCAUGGCGAGGAACGCACCGUCACCUAUCUGUCGACUCUGGCCAAGCACACUCAGGCCGUCAACGUGGUGCGAUGGUGUCCACGGGGCGAGAUGCUCGCGAGCGCCGGCGACGAUGGCAACGUGCUGCUCUGGGUCCCCGCUGAGAAGCAGACGGCGCACAACUUGGACGAGGGCCUCGAAGACAAGGAGACAUGGCGAGUCAAGGCCAUGUGCAGGUCCAUUGGCUCCGAGAUCUACGACCUGGCCUGGUCCCCUGACGGCGUCUUCUUCAUCACAGGCAGCAUGGACAACAUUGCCCGCAUCUACAACGCUCAAACUGGAAGCAUCGUGCGGCAGAUUGCCGAGCACAACCACUACGUCCAGGGCGUUGCCUGGGACCCCAUGAACGAAUAUAUUGCAACCCAGUCGUCCGACCGCUCCGUCCACAUCUACACACUGAAGAACAAGGACGGCCACUUCUCGCUGGCCCAGCACAGCAAGGUCACCAAGAUGGACCUGCCCGCCCGGCGCGUUUCUUCGAACAGCCCUGCGCCCCCAGACUUCGGCGGCCGCGCCUUUGCCGCUGAUGCUGCCAUGGCAAUCGGCUCGCCCGUGCCGUCGAUGCCCGGCACGCCCCAGUCGCUGGCCCUUCCCACGAUGCAUCCGCCGCCAACCUCACACAGCCGUCGUUCGUCCUUCGGCUCCUCUCCAUCCAUGCGCCGCUCCGCCUCGCCCGCUCCGUCCAUGCCCUUACCCGCCGUCAUGCCAAACUCCCCUAGCAUUGGCAGCAUCGGCACCAUGGGCCUUCGCAACGCCCCCCUCUACUUCAACGAGACCUUGACCUCCUUCUUCCGACGUCUUACAUUUGCCCCGGACGGCAGCUUGUUGUUCACACCGGCAGGCCAAUACAAGGCCAUGCAUGCGUCCGUUGCUGAAGCCAAGUCAGGCGACGACAUCACGAAUACAGUCUACAUAUAUACCCGGGCCGGCCUUAACAAGCCACCCGUCGCCUAUCUGCCUGGCCACAAGAAGCCCUCGGUCGCCGUUCGUUGCUCGCCCGUCUACUAUACCCUACGCCAGUCUGUCCCACCCACCAGGCACAUCACCAUCGAUACUUCAAACAUGGACGAUGAAAUUCCUUCUCUGCCUGAUCCAAUCAUGCCCUCCAAGCCCCCUACGUCGCAUUCAUCCAUGGACCCCCCGCCCAUCACGAGUGCGCCAUCUCCUUCGCCAAGUCUAUCAGCGCCGUCGCCUAAGCCCGCCGAAGGCGAAGCAUCCGCUCAAUCCGGCCUGCCCCCCGGGCCUCCGUCUGCCUUUACACUGCCUUAUCGCAUGAUGUAUGCUGUCGCAACACAAGACGCUAUCCACAUCUACGAUACGCAGCAACAGAAGCCCCUAUGCAUAGUCAGCAACUUGCACUUUGCCACCUUUACAGACAUUACCUGGUCGAAUGACGGCUCCAUGCUGCUGAUGACCUCGUCGGAUGGCUUUUGCUCAUCCAUCACAUUUGCUCCUGGCGAACUUGGCGACAAGUACACGGGUCCAUUAGCUGUUCAUAGUCGACCACAGCAGACACCUGCUGCCAUCAACACCACGGGGGGGCACACAUCAAACAACUCUACCCCGACUCCUACACCAACAACCGGAGCCAUGCCAGGCACCACAACGACUACUGCACCACCGAUGCAGAGGCAACCCUCUGCAGGCUUCCCGGCCUCUCCGAGCUCUUUUGUUCCCGCAAGGCCUGGUAGUCCCACAAGAAGCAAUUCAGUAUCCAGUAUUGCUACUGCUUCAUCCUUUGCCCCCGGUGCAGGCGACCAAAGCAACAUGAACGCCCCAACGCCGGCUAUGUCAUCAGUCCCUAGUAUUGCUGCUGCCAAUUCUGGACCUGUACCGAUGUGGACGCCGCCUCUGACCCCAGCUCACGGCCAGGGCACGACGCACAGUGCGAGUAGCUCGGUCAGUGGUAUACCAAGCACUACCCACAUUGGGCGAAGAGAAAGCGAAAUGAGCGAGUCAGACCGCGAGGAUGCAUCUUCGACUUCGAAGAAACGAGACUUGUAUGCUAUGCCGGAAGUCGAUGUAGAUGCGCGAGAGAGUAAGCGACGAAGGAUUACACCAACACCGGUCACGAUGGUGGCGGAAGAUGACAGCGCUAUUGCCAGCACUGAAGAGAGUACUCCAACGCAAACACCCGGGCAGUAGGAGCUAUUGCAUGGGGUCCUCUUUUUUCCGAUGCAUUUCAUCAUUGUGUAUACUUUGUCUCCAGCAUGGCGUUUAGGAUACCAGGGCUAUAUUCACGGCGAUAUCAUGUACAAAUUCCUUUCUUUUCUGGCUGAUGCUGUAAUAGUGGGGCGCCAUCAUGAUUAUAUCACAACUCUCACUGCACGAAGGUGCAUAUAGUCGUGCUCCACAACGUAGGUUACAGUCAAGUCAAUACAUAUACAUUGUAGAUAGAAAGACCUAAACUUAUCUUCCUAGGCGGCCCAGUUGGUGUUGCAGAGUUCACACUACUGAGGGCAUCUUUGUGCUCAGAGACGUUGCGCACGACUCUAAAAAACUCGACGACCGAUUCGACGGGACGUCUUUGUGCUCGUUCGCACCUUCCCACGUUGGUAUCGCCCGGACCACAACCCAAGAAUUUCCAAGAGCGAUCGGCUCAGCUUACAC